AUGCUGCGCUCUGCUCUCAAUCUAGCCACUCUCCUCGGUCUCUCAACCGCCUUCUCAAUCUCCCACCGGCAAGAUGCGUCCUAUAUUUACAUCCCCAUCGAGUUCCUCUACGGCGCCGACUCCCGCGUAACAACCAACAUAACAUUUGGCAGCUCGCCCUCCUCCCACCCCAUAACCGUAGUAAUGGACACCGGCAGCGCCAAUGCCUGGAUCUGGCAAAGCGGCGCCCUCGUCCACUGGGGCUCACCCUACCUCUUCGACCCUGGGCCCUGCAACCUGACCGUCCCAAACACAACCACCUACAACCCCGCUCUCUCCCUCACCUCCCACACGCAAAACAUAAGUAGCGAGUACGUCUAUGCAGGGAACAGCAAGAUUGUGCAAGGCAACCUGUACUCCAACGACACACUCACCUUCCUCUCCUCACCCACCGCAUCAAACACCACCUCCACGUCCUCGAUCCCGAAUAUCCAGCUCGCCCUGGAGAACAGCGCCAUAUUACGCCUCCGCGACAACGGCUCCUGUGCCCCACCUCCAAGCUACGACAAAGGAAUAAUCGGCCUCUCACCCUACAUCCCCACAAACAGCACAGCAAUCCAAGGCCCCUCGUUCCGGCAAAACCUCUUCUCCGCCUCGCGCAUUAAAGCAAAAACAAUGGUCACCUGGUUCAACGCCCCUCCCUCCACCCUCUCAACCCUCUCCGGCGGCCUCUUACUCGGUGCAAUCGAUACCUCGAAAUUCUCCGGCCCGUUGGUGCGAGUGCAGAAUGUGGUGGAGAGUGGGCAAGUCGGGUACUACAUCGCGAAGCCAAACAUCACGUUUAACGGGCAGGAGCUGGUGCCGGACCAGAACACGACCUGUUUAUUAGAUUCAGGGACGCACGCUGAUUAUCUGCCUUUCGCACCCCUGUCCGCCCUCCCAUCGCGGUUCUUCAACUCCUCAGGCGGACAGCUAGUCGACGAGAACGGUGUGGUGGGAUAUAAUGGGACGUGUGACUCGAUCCCGAGGGAUCUGAAUCUUACGUACACCUUCGGCGGCUUUACGUCAGGCAAAACCAUCAAAAUCGAUGUCCCGUUGAGGAAUUAUGCGAGAGGGGCGAUGCUGAAUGGAGGAGACGACGGGGUUUGUUUACUUAAUUUGGAGGUCGGCGGGUGUACGUUUGGAGCGCCGUUUUAUUCGGGCGCUGUGGUGGCGGUGGAUGAUGAGAGGGGUGUUCUUGCUUUGGCGCGGGGAGGUGUGUCAAAAGACGGAUCUGGGGCUGAUGCUGCAUCGUUGAAGAUAUUUGGGACCGGGGAGACGUUUGAUUUCGUCUGA